AUGCCCUCUGCGUGUACACAGCCGGUUGGCUGCCAUGAAGUCAGAUACAUUCCGCUGUCAUACAAUCAUGCUGACUCGCAGGCAUCGGCUUUGAGGCUCGUCUUGACGCUCAACCCGCACUGGAAGGAUGCUCAAGGUAGGAUCGAGUUUGUUCGCUUCACCGAUGGAAUCACCAAUACGCUGUUGAAAAUCAUCCUGAGGGCUCCUGGCCUGUCUGAGGAAGAGAUUGAUAAAGAGGCUGUGUUGAUGCGAGCAUAUGGAAAUAAUUCUGAAAUCAUCAUAGACAGAGAACGGGAGACAAAAUCCCAUGCCCUUCUCGCUUCUCGAGGCCUUGCUCCUCCUCUCCUCGCCCGGUUCGCCAACGGACUCUUAUACCGAUUUGUCCGUGGACAAGCAGCUUCUCCUGACGAUCUCACCAAGCCUGCCAUUUGGCGCGGAGUUGCUCGUAGACUCGGCCAAUGGCAUGCUGCUCUGCCCAUCAGUGAUGCGCCCUCCGAUGCACCCUCACCGGGGACUCGGGACGGCGAUUCCCUCUCUCUAGGCUCCAGUGACUCCGAGAUCAAACCGGUUCAGGAAUCAACCGCCGUCGAAGAUGACAUCACACCAAUCAACACUCGUUUCGAGGGGCCAAACCUCUGGGCAACGCUCCAAAACUGGAUCCUUGCGUUGCCAAAGAGCACGGACCAGGAGCGGACCCGACGAAAGAACCUUCAGAAGGAGUAUGAAAGGAUACUUUCUGAGUUUGAUGAUGGAUCUGGCCUAGGUGAAGAAGGAAUGGUCUUUGCCCACUGUGACCUAUUGAGCGCCAACGUCAUCAUUCAGCCUCGACCAAAGGAGUCUACUCUCGCAGAUGGCGCUGCUGAAACCGUCGAUUUCAUUGACUAUGAGUACGCUAUUCCGUCGCCGGCUGCGUUUGAGCUAGCCAACCAUUUUGCUGAGUGGGCCGGUUAUGACUGCGACUUUUCGAGGCUACCAACUCGAUCUAUUCGCCGAAGCUUCCUCGAGGAAUACAUCGAUAGUUUUGCCCAGCACAGAGAGCUCCCUGAGUCCAAGCAGAAGACUGUCGACAGCCUUUUCGCUGACGUUGAUCGCUAUCGUGGUCUUCCUGGCUUUUACUGGUAUGCGACUAUCUCCAGAAUUGACUUUGACUACGCCUCUUACGCUGAGCAGCGUCUCGCAGAGUACUGGGCCUGGAGGCACGAGCAAGACGGCUCUCGCUCAAAGGCCGGCGAGAAGAUGCCUCUUCGCGAGCAGCGUUGGGCCCAAGAGGCGUAA